AUGACACCUUAUGGGAGAUGUGACAUGGGAACAUGGUUGCACAAGAAACACAUUUGUACAACAGGGAGUCAACCUUCCCUUGACUGGACGGGUAAUCAUUCUAUGCGAAAGAAGCGAAAGCCAUAUACGAAAUAUCAAACAUUGGAAUUGGAGAAGGAAUUCCUUUACAACACCUAUGUUAGUAAGCAAAAGAGGUGGGAAUUGGCGCGAACCCUUGGCCUUACCGAACGACAAGUGAAAAUAUGGUUUCAGAAGAUUAUUUUUGAAUGGUUGCAAGCUUUAGCAAGCUGUCUAAGUGUAGUAUUGAAUUUGUUAACAACAAUAGGAAUACCAAAACAUCAACACUGA